AGAAGGCGAAGGGAGGGGGAAGGUUCUGGAGGGAGAAGUGUCCGCCGCCAUCUUAGCAUCGCUACUGCUGCGGCCGCGUCUGAGGGAAGAGCGAAAGACUCGGAGCCGGCCCGGGCCGAAAACAUUGCCGGGGUCUAACGGCCAAAAGGGAGGGGGAGGUGGGCUGUGAUCGAAUUCUUUGCCUGCUAGAAGCCCUUCUCCACUAGCCGCUCCUGGUCUCGGGGUGGUGGGGAGCCCACCCAUUUGGGCCAGCCAUGGAUCCGGCGUUCCCCAAUCCAUCCCAGGACCCAAGCCACGAGGACGGCAUGGCCUCGGACGACUUCGAUAUUGUGAUAGAGGCCAUGCUGGAGGCCCCGUACAAGAAAGAGGAGGCCCAGCCAGGACCCUCAAAGCCACCGGCCGAUCCCCCCACAGCACAGCCACCUCAGGAGGAGCAAGGAAAGGAAGUCAAGAAAGACAGCGCCCCCAGCAGCAGCGGGGAAAGCAGCAGCGGCAAAAAGAAGAGGAGCAGGAGCCGUAGCAGGAGCCGUGACCACAGACAUAGCCGCAGUCGGGACCGAGACCGCCAUCGUAGGCGCAGCCGGGAUCGCCGCAGCCGCCACCGCAGCCGCAGCCGCCACCGGACCCGCAGCCGGGAUCGUCGGCGGGCCAGCAGGUCCCGCAGCCGGGAGCGCCGGCGGGAUGAGAGAGUGCGCUACCGCAGCCCCCCACCCCCCGGGCGGCGGUUUGGACACAGCAAGAGCCCUUUGUACAGAGAGAAGAGCCCCCUCCGGGAGCCCUUGGGCAGCUUGAGCCCCGAGGAGCGCGAUGCCCGCACAGUGUUCUGCAUGCAGCUGGCCGCCCGCAUUCGCCCGCGUGACCUUGAGGACUUUUUCUCUGCCGUUGGCAAGGUGCGCGACGUGCGAAUCAUCUCCGACCGAAACUCACGCCGCUCCAAGGGCAUCGCCUACGUGGAGUUCUGCGAGAUCCAGUCAGUCCCGUUGGCCAUUGGGCUGACGGGGCAGCGCCUCCUUGGCGUGCCCAUCAUUGUCCAGGCCUCCCAGGCGGAGAAGAACCGGCUGGCAGCCAUGGCGAACAACCUUCAGAAAGGCAGCGGCGGGCCCAUGCGGCUCUACGUUGGCUCCCUUCACUGCAACAUCACCAAAGAGAUGCUGCGUGGAAUCUUUGAGCCCUUUGGCAAGAUUGAUAGCAUCGUGCUGAUGCGUGAUCAGGACACUGGACAGUCCAAGGGUUACGGCUUCAUCACGUUUGCAGAGGCGGAGUGCGCCCGGCGUGCCCUGGAGCAGCUGAAUGGUUUUGAGCUGGCCGGCCGGCCCAUGCGGGUGGGGCAAGUCACCGAGCGGCUGGACGGCACCACCGACAUCACCUUCCCCGAUGGCGCUGAUGAACCCGACCGGGCAGCCCUGAAUCUCGGCGCCACCGGCUCCCAGCUGCAGCUCAUGGCCAAACUGGCAGAAGCAGGUUCUGGGCUCCCUCUGUCAACUACAGCGGCGGCUCAAGCUGCCCUGCAGCUCAACGGAGCGAUACCCCUGGGAGCGCUGAACCCGGCUGCCCUGACAGCUCUCAGCCCGGCACUGAACCUGGCUUCACAGACGUUGGCCUCCCAGUGCUUCCAACUUUCGGGCCUCUUCACUCCCCAAACAAUGUAACGUAAUCCGGUUUCCCCCCUGCCCUCCCUCUCCCAUGGAGCCAGGAGGGGAAUGAUCAUCUCCACACCAUCACCACCUCACCGCCCCCCAUUGGAUACAAGGCAGGGGGCUGGACUCUGAAGGAACACUUCCCCCCCCCCUCCCUUGGGGCUGGGAGGCCUUCUUAACAUGAACUGAUUUUACUCCGAUUUCCCUCCCACCAAGUGCUGGGGGGACGCGUGUUUGUGUUCAGCCGCUUGGUUCUGGAAUCAUAAUUGGAUGGGGCGCAUUACCCCACCCCCCAUGUGGGAGCCUCUGAGGGACCAGGCGACCCAUUUCCCCCCCUGUAACGCAGCAUCCCUUUACUUUUGCCUCCCGGCAGAGCCCGGAAGGACUUCCGUGUCCGGGUGCCCCUUUGCCAUUCCUCUUUCCCGCCCUGUGCUCUCCGAUGCUGUGUUGUGGGUAUUUGCUGGAUGGCUUUCAGAAGGGACUCAUCAUCGCAAGUGUGUGUGUGUGUGUGUGUCUUGUACAUAGAAAGGAGAGCGGCGAACCAGCGUUUGGGUGGGAGGCCUGGUCCUGAGGGGAUUCCUCCCCCCUCCUUCCCAAGCAGUGUUCUGUUGUUCCCCCUCAAUCUGUAAGGAGGUUGCAUACAGUGUGGGGAGGUCGUCCCAUUCCGCCCUUUCCUUUCCUCCUUUCCCCAUCCUCUCCUUUUUCUUGGGUCUGUAGCCUGUUCUUGGUGUUCCCAUUUUCUGCUGCACCUUCCCUCAACGUCCCUCAGAACACCUCUUCCCCCCCCCUCCCCUAUUCCCAACCUUCAAAGGUGUAUUUUGGUUUUCUUUCUUUUUAUCUUAAUUUUCUUCUUCUUUUUUUUGCUUAUAAAUGAGUAAUAAAAGUCACCAAAUCUAA